UAUGUAAUAUAUUAAGAUAAUGUUCAAGCAUAUUAAUAUUACUAAUAACAACUAAAUAAAAGGAAGGAAAAUGGAUAGUGCACAAAAUGAGAGAAAACCGAUUUGUCAUUGGCUAAAUGUAAGAACUCCUAUAGAAAAUUUAUUUGGCAGACUUGGUUUUAUGAUAGCCAGUAAACCGUGGUUUGUAAUAUGGUUUAUGUUAUUCUUGGUAAUUGUUAGUUCUUUAGGACUGUUCAAAUUUAAACAAGAGAAAGACCCAUUAAAAUUGUGGAUAGAUCAAGAUUCUGCUUUCGUUCGAGACACAAAUUGGUUGUUGAAUACAUUUAUCGAAGGAUAUAGACAGCAGAAUGUCUUAAUAACUGCUGAUAAUGUGCUGGAUCCUUUUGUUUUAGAACAGGUUGCUCGAAUUAAUGAUCAAGUCUUAGCAAUACAAACUGAAAACGAAAAUGGUAUUGAAGUGCCAUGGAAUAAAACGUGUUUCAAAGUGCCUAUAGUUCCUACAAAAUUACAAUCAUAUGCAAAAGGUUUAUCAAAUACAUCGAAUAUUAUCCCUGAUCUCAGCGCCACUUUGCCAAUUGGGUUGUACUGCAUGAUAGUUAAUAGUUUGAAACUGGGUUGUCUACAAUACAAUGUAGUUGAUAUGUGGAAAUAUGACUUAAAAACUAUAAAAAGUUUGACUCUUGACGAUGUGCUAAAUAAAUUAAAUACUACUAUUCAAAGUCCAACAUUGGGACAUCCCAUGAAUUAUGCGAAUUUUCUUGGGGGAGUUGAAAGGAAUAUCAGUGGACAUAUAAUUUCAGCUAAAUCAAUUUUAACAACAUGGUUUUUGAAUGUUAACUUCUCACAAGUUAAUACUGAUAAAAUUGGCAAUGAUGCUGGUACUGAAAACAUGGCAACUAAUGAAGUUUUAAUAUGGGAGGAAAAAUUUUUACACUUAAUGAAUAAUAUUUCUCAACAUUCUGAAAAUUUUUCAGUGUUUUAUCAAGCUGGUCGCAGUUACGGUGACAUAAGCUCUGCGACAAUGUUUGAGGACAUAGAUAAAAUAAUGAUUGGAGUUGUGUUAAUGUGCAUUUAUGUCCAUAUAGUAAUUUCUCAAUGGAAUUGCGUCUACCAAAGAUUCACUCUAGGAAGCAUGGGCAUGUUUAGUAUUGGAAUAUCUUUUUUAAUGACCAUCAGUUUAUGCUCUUUAUUUGAACUAUCCUAUGGACCUGUUCAUACUUCUUUACCAUUUUUACUAAUGGGACUAGGUAUUGAUGAUAUGUUUGUUUUACUUGCUUGCUGGGAAAAGGUUUCAUUCAAGACAAAUGGUCUUUCACUUCCGCACAAAGUUACAAUUAUGCUAAGGGAGGCAGGAAUGGCAGUAACAGUAACUACUUUCACAGAUAUGGCAGCAUUCAUAGUCAGUUCAAUAACUGUUUUGCCAUCACUUCAUUCUUUCUGUUUGUAUGCUGCUGUCGGAGUUUUUAUAAUUUAUAUUUAUACAAUAACUUUUGUAGUUGCUUGUUUUGCACUAGAUCAACGAAGGAUUGAUAAUAAUUAUAAUGGAUUUAUUCCCUGCAUCAAACAUGAAAACUAUGUUCCAAAUACUUGUAGUCAAACAAAAUUUUUAGAAAUGUUUUUGUCAAAACUCUAUUCUCAAGUAAUAUUGACGAAAUUUGGAAAAAUUAUAGUUUUAAUAUCAACAAUAGCAUUUGCAGCAUUAUCUAUAAAAAAUACAUUAUUGCUUGAACAAAAGUUUGAUCCUAUGUGGUUUAUACCAGAAGAUACACAUCUUUUCAAGUAUAUAGAAAAAAGAAGAGAAUAUUAUCCACAAAUAGGUUUUGAAGCUGUCGUUUUUAUAGGAAACUUGAAUUAUAGCACUGAAUUUAAAAAAAUUAUAAAAUUAGAAGAAACUUUACAGCAUCAAAAUGUUAUAAGUAAUAUAGAUUCAUGGAUUAUUCCAUUUUGCCAGUAUGUCAAAAUUAAUUUUAAUACAGAUUUGAAUAGUACUGAUGUAUCGGAUGCCACUUGGAAUUUGUACUUGUCUAAAUAUUUGCAUAGCCCCUCUGGUGCAAAGCAGAUGGGAAAAUUCAAAUUUUCUGAACCUCUCAAAUGUGGCAAACCAGUUUCUAAUAUUAAGGCAUCUAGUAUUCAUUUUCAUUUGAAGAGAUUUAAUAAUACAGUAGAUAGUAUUAAAAGUAUGAAUCAACUGCGCAAAAUUACUAAUGAAGCAAACUUUACAACUGGUGAUAAAUUUUGCACAGUUUGGGCAAAUAUGUUUGCCACCUGGUCUACCGAUGAGAUUAUUGCAAUAGAAAUUAAGAAAAACUUGUUACUAUCCUUGGGCUGUGUGAUGCUUUGUGCGUUAGUUUUCAUAUCUAAUUUUAAUAUUUGCUUCUGGAUAUUUCUAUGUGUUUUACUUACUGUGGUCAACGUUAGUGGAUGGAUGUAUGUUUGGGGUUUAACAUUAGACCUUGUCUCAUGUAUUGCACUUCAAUUAUCAGUAGGCUUAUGCAUUGAUUAUUCAACCCACAUUGGGCAUGUAUUUUUAACAAUGGAAGGAAGCACUAGAACCAAAAUUUCAAUAAACGUUAUGAAACAUAUUGGAGCUGCAGUUAUAUAUGGAGGUGGAUCUACCAUGUUGGCUUUGAGUACGCUUGCAUUCUCAAAAGCUUACACAUUUAAAGCAUUUUUUAAGAUAUUUUUUUUAAUUAUAACAUUUGGAUUGUAUCACGGUCUCAUAUUUUUACCAGUAAUAUUAUCCAUAUUAGGGCCAAUACGAAAAAAUUUUCGCCUUGUACGAAAACCACGACCUUCUUCAACAGUAGUAGUGGAAGCCAAAUCCAUAUCACAAUAUGGACAAUAUUAUACGAUUGAUGAAAUAAACACGGAUUUUCCAAAUUUUUGCAUAGCUAACAUUCAUGCAAGAUGAGUAAAACGUUUGUUUGUUUCGAAAUGUUUAACAUCGUAGUACUAAAACCACAAGUAGUUAAGAUCACAAUGUUAACAAUAUAUUUUUAACGUCAACAUCUUAUAUUAUCUUAUA